AUGCGUUUUUCUGUUUCCGCGGUCGCUUCGGCGGCCUUGAUGGCCGGGGCUGCCAUCGCUGAGCCCCUGACCACCAUCACCGUCUGCCCUGCGGUUACCACCUCGACUCCCCCUCCCAUCACGGUGACGGAGCAGUUCCAGACCGUUUCAACUUGCGGCACUACCUCCAAGUGCUUCCGUGGAACCUGUGUGACCAAGUACCCUCUUGAGACGUACGCCUAUGUCAGCACAGUCAUUCCUUGCGCUUGGGAUGGCGCUGAGGCUGCCACCACCACCGUGACUGCCACCGAGCAAAUUGUUACCGUGUCUGAAUACCACACCACCAUCACCAAGACCGUGACACCAACUGUCUCGGUCACCAAGAACGGCACCAUCUACUUGAUCCCGUCGCCUACCCCGAUCGAGCUCACGGUCGCCAAGGAGUUCAAGGCCUCGUUCAACGAGAUCGGUCCUCUUGCCAUCCCCGGCUAUGGUGGCAGCGGCAUCUGCGAGGAGUGCGAAGUCAAAGCUGAUGGUAGCCGCGAGCAGAUUGUCGAUGUCAUCGAGUGCCGUGGUGGUCCUGGUGGCGCCAAGUGCAUGGGUUACGAGGAGAUUUGGAUUUCCAAGCCAGCUCCGGCCGUCACAACGACUGCCGUGGCCCCGGUUUCGACCAGUUUCGUCGCUCCCAGCGCUGGCGAGUACACUUUCACCUUCACCCUGACGGCUCCUGCCACCAUCAUCGAGGUUGAGACCGAGACCAUCACGGUUGCUCCCAGCCCAUACUACUGGCACGUCACCAAGUCAUGCCACCGUCCCCACGAGGUUAUCGAGUUCACGACCACCAUCACCAAGACCAUCUACUACACUGUCCCGUGCAGCGUCGUGCCUCCCUCAACCUCCAGCGUUCUGCCCAUCCCCACUGGCAUGCCAUGGUUCCCCCACAGGCCAGGCCCGAACUUCCCCUUUGGCAACAAGGGUGGCCCUGACCCAUUCGGCUGGGCUGACUGGGGUAGCGGUGAUGUCGGCAACCCGUCUCUCACUCUUCCUCCCGAGUGGGCUGACUGGGCCACCGAGACCACCACGGUUACUGCUACUGCCACCGUCACCAACACUGAUAACCCGAUUGGCGCCUCGAUCACCAGCUCCAUGAGCAGCAGCAGCGCCACCAGCGCCAGCAGUGCGAGCAGCGCCUCAUCUUCUAGCACCAGCGCCACCAGUGCCAGCAGUGCGAGCAGCGCAUCAUCUUCCAGCAGCAUUAGCUCAGCUGCAAGUGUCGGUCCUAUCGGUGGUUCGAUCACCAGCUCCAUGAGCAGCAGCACCGCCACCAGUGCCAGCAGCGCGAGCAGUGCGAGCAGUGCAUCGUCUUCCAGCAGCUCUUUGACCAGUGCCAGCAGCGCUUCGUCGACCAGCAGCUCCUUGACCAGCGCCAGCAGCGCCUCGUCGACCAGCAGCUCCCUGAGCAGUGCCUCGUCGACCAGCAGCACGCUGAGCUCGCUCUCUUCUACCAGCAGCUCGUUGACCACCAGCUCUGCUUCCUUGAGCAGUGCCAUCAGCAGCUCAUCGUCGUCCUCCUUGGCCUCGUCCACCACCGCUGCUCCCCCUGCCACCACACCGUUCGUCAUCACCUCCAACACCCCCACCAAGUACCGCAAGCGAGCUCUUGUGUACAUUGCCUUCGAGGGUGAAGAUGGUGUGUUGGUCAGCGACCGCACUGAGGCAUCUCUGUUCUACCUGGACACUGAUGGCUACCUUCGCUCUGGUCUGUCUUACGUGUUGGGAGACUUCAGCCAGCCAUACAUUGCCUUCCAGCUGAGCACCUCGCCACCGGCAACUCUGUCCAGCUGGACUCUCAGCCCCAACGGUGAACUUACUCUGGAUGUUACCAACCAAGGCUUCUGUGUCUCGGCCUCCAGCAACGUGUUCAUCCUGUUCUCGCAAGCGCCGCCGUUCACUUGCACACCGAUCUUGCUGUUCGCCCAGCCAGUAAAUGCUGUUACAAGCUCCACCACGACGACCACUUUCGUCCCGGCCACCACCACGGCUGAGCCCACGUCGACCACCACCAGCAUUGAUGUGUCUGGUGACCUUGACGCUGAUCUGCCCGCUGCCACCCCGGUCCGCCGUGGUGUCCAGUACGGUGGCCGCAAGUACUACCACAACCGUCAUUAG